CCAUCGCCCUGCUUGUGGGCAGGGCCGACGCUCGGGGCUCCCGCCGUUCCCGGGGCUUUCGGUGGCAGGGCCGGGACUCACAGCUCCCUCUGUUCCUGGCACAGGUGAGGCGGCGGCCGGCGGCGGGGAUCUGGGAGCCGGCGUGUGGCAGCCCCUGCGGGUGCCCCCAUGAACGAGCGUCGCGGCCGGGGCUGCCGGGACAGCGUGGGGCACCAUGAGAGCGGGCCACGAGCGGAGCCAGGAGUGCCUCCCGCCAAAGAAGCGGGACCUUCCCACCGCCAGCGCUGGCACCGAGGCGGGACGGGCGGGGGAUGUCCAGGCCUCGGGCGAGGGCACCGAGUGGGCCCGGACAGCUGGGCCGGUGCCGGCAGCCCUGCGGUUUGGCCCUGGCGAGGCCGCAGAAGCAGUGGCGGGGCUGACGGUGGACCAGUACGGGAUGCUUUACAAAGUGGCAGCGCCGCCCGCCACCUUCUCCCCUCCAGGUCUGCACUCCGUGGUGAACGUGAGCCCCCUGCCCCCUGCCUUCAGUGUCAGCUCGCCCAUCAUACAGCACCCGGGGGUGCCCUACCCUCCCGUUCACUACGCACAGAUCACCCCAACGUCCCUGCAGUUCAUCGGCUCGCAUUACACAGUGCCCUAUGCUGUCCCUUCCGGCUUCCUGCCUAAUCCGCUCCUGUCUCCUUCCACCAACCUCACCGCCUCUCAUGUCCCCCACUUUGUGCCAUAUGCCUCUCUCUUCACGGAAGAAGCCACUCCUUCCCCCCAGACUACCUCUCCUACCCACACCUUCAGCAAAUCCACUUCUGCAGUCUCUCCUUCUGGCCAGAUGCAGCACCAUGCUGGGACCCAGCCGUUAGAUACUGCACCAGGUAGAAUUCCUGUUUAUUAUCAGAUGUCCCGCCUCCCACCAGGGUAUUCAGCAUAUGAGACACCCGCAGCAGGUAGAAGCCCAGAGUCUCCUCAUCAAGACAGUCAGCUGAAUUCAGAGGUAGCUGCUGCCAAUGGUGGACAGAGACAUCUGGAGCAUAAUGUUUCGAGGAGGACCAGUGAGGCUGUGGACUCUGCCAGUAGUAAAGCUGAAGACUGUCUGCCAGGGGCUGCAGCAGGAUGUGUGGUUGAUGGACAGUUCCUUUCAGGUUACCAGAUGGUGGGAACAGAGGACUCUGUGCCAGCUCACAGAAGCACCCCAGAUGCUGAUCUGGAGGUUCAGAGGGUGGUGGGAGCGUUGGCAUCUCAGGAUUAUAUUCUGGCAGCCCAGAGGAAAGAUGACCCAAGCCCUUUAAACCUCUGCCAUAAUGUCCCUGAUCAGCAGGGGGAGUCAAAAGAUGUGCUAAGGAACACAGUGGAAAGGACUGCUGCUGAGAAAAGCCAGUCCAGGAGUGCAUGUGUAAUGUCCCCUGAAGAGCCGGUUAGACAAAGACACUUAACCAAAGGAAUGGUAAUAGCCAACGGCAAGCCAGUCCUGGUUUCUGCUGGAUCCGAGCCCCUCAGGUCUUCCAUUUCAGAAGCCCUGGUGGGGCAGAGCUCGGAUGCACAGGCUCGAGGAAGCGUGCUGGAAAAGGAUCCUGCCCAGCUGCAGCAGCCCAGCUCCUCACACCUGCCCUCUCAUUUCAUGAAAGGAGCCAUCAUCCAGCUGGCUACAGGAGAGCUGAAGCGGGUAGAGGACCUGCAGACUCAAGACUUUGUUCGCAGUGCAGAGGUGAGCGGGGGCCUGAAGAUCGACUCCAGCACCGUGGUGGAUAUUCAGGAAAGCCAGUGGCCUGGGCUAGUUGCACUGCAUUUUGUGGUUGGGGAGCAACAAAGUAAAGUGAGCAUUGAUGUGCCCCCAGAGCAUCCCUUCUUUGUGUAUGGCCAGGGCUGGUCCUCCUGUAGCCCAGGGCGAACUGCUCAGCUCUUUGCUUUGCCCUGUCACAGGCUGCAGGUGGGCGAUGUGUGUAUAUCAAUCAGUUUACAGAGCAUGAAUGGCAACUCCACUUCUCAGGCUAACUACACUCCCACAGAUCAGUUGCUAUCUACUAGAGAGACAGCUGAAAGAAUGGCUCAGGGGUCCAGAGAACCGUCUGACAGAGCUGCUGAAAGAAAGAGCCACACAGAUAGGAACAGCGCAGCCCAGAGCUCUCAUGCGGAACUCUCUCAGCCUGAGACCAGCAGUCAGCACAGCUGGACAGCCCCAGCCUUCCAAAGAUACAGUGUGCAGGCAGAGGAGCUGCGGCCCUCUCUGCUCCGUCCCUCUUUCAUUCCCCAGGAGGUCAAGCUGUCUAUUGAAGGGCGUUCUAAUGCAGGGAAGUGAUCCCUUGGAGGCUGUGAGCUAGGGCAUCCCCUGUAGGUGAGCCUCACAGCUGGAUGGAGAAAUUGCACAGACUGUGGCAGGUUCACCAGCAAGGCUGCUUUCUGCCCUGCAGGACUGGAUUUAUUCCAGUUGAGUGGCUGACCAGUUCCUCUUGGGGAAUCAAGAGGGCUCCAGUGCCUCAGGGAGCAGCAGCAGGCUAAAUGGGGUAGAGACCAGGGAUGUGCUCAUGAGCUUGAGAUGAGAGUGUUCUGGAGGCUGGGGCUUUCUCACACCUCCCUAAAUAACUGGUUCCCUGCAGAGCAGGGUCCAAGCAUUCAGGGUAGGUGGAGAGAUGAGGAGGGCGACAUGGCUUAAGGUAGCAGAUAAAAUUACUGAAGAUUUUAUUCCUCUUUUCUCAUGAUGGGGAGAAAUGUGUCCCCACUGGAGUUUAGGGGGCUCUGCUCCCAGUAUCCCUUUUCUUCACACAUGCACUUUAAAAGGACCGUUCACCGAUGGAGCUCUUGAGGGCAGGACAGAGAUGCUUCUGUGGUGGUUCUGUUCUAUGUCUCUUCCACUGAAUCCAGCUGUUCUUUCUUCUUGCAAGGAAUGUACAGAUGUGAAUGAAUCACAGAAAUUCAAGGGGAAGGACCAAAAGGAUGGGUUUGAGUGUAGGUAAAUAGGAAACUUGAGCACUUGGAAUAGGACACGAGUUAGGAUGGGAGAGGUCAGUUUUCUGCUAUAAAAUACAUUUUAUCAUUUGUCAUCAAAUGAAAUCUUCCCAUCUUAAUAACAUAAAAAAAAUCUCUUGGGCUUACAGCUUUUGCAGAGGCUUAGCCUGUGGAUGGAUGGGGGUUUGUGUGGGUUUUGGUGUUUUGGUUGGGUUUUUUUUAAAGCUGGAGUAAAACAUAUUAAACAUUCUCUAGAGAGGGAUGGAAACAUCCUUUGAAGAGACCAAGACUAUUUUGUAAUUAAAUCAGAGGAACACUUUCCAGAUGGCUAAUUCUUCCCUGCAGGCAGUUUCCUGGAUAAGCUCUAGACAAAAGAGGAGUGUUAGUGCAUGUGCGGGCAACGUACAAAGUUUCUGCUAAGUACAGUUCUCUGAUUCAUGUAGGGACUCUAAAAAUACCACAGCACCAUGGGGCAUUUUAGGGUGGUUUUGUGUUAGUUUUUCUGGUACUCCACUUCGGAGUUCCUCUGUAGAACAACACGGCAAAAUCAAGAGUAGUCUUUUUCAUGGUGAGAUUUAAUACAAAUGUAUAUUAAUACCUCAUUAUGGUAAUAACACUCUUUUCAAAUGAAGGCUCCUGUAGUUACACUAAUUUGCCCUCUCUGAUGGUGUGUUAUGACACCAGCUCUAACUACUUAUCUACAAUAGGAAGUAGUGACUAUCAUGUUAAUGAAAAGAGUCUUCCCUGACUUAACUUGGAUUAAGUGUUCCUUGUAUUAAGAUGCCCAUUUCUGUGCUAGGACCAGGCUUUUGAGAGGGUUUCUUUCAAUGUGCAGGUCCCUCCUGCGUGGUAGUGCUGCUCCUGAUGUUCAGCAUUCUGUUUUCUGUCUCCCUUCUCUCCUCACAUGUUCCGUGGGGCCUGCCUGGCUGCCAGGGCACUGCUCCUUUCUUUUGCUGAGCAGCUUCUGUGUCAGUCCUUCUCCUUGGCACAGCUGCAGUGCUGGUGUCUCAGGGCUGCUCUGCACACCCCAGGAAUGUGUCCUGUAAUUGGUUGGCUUCAGCUGACUGUGUGACAAGGGCAUGCUCUGCCUGGGUACAGGCAAAUUAGAGAGUCGUCAGAAUGUCCCUUUCAUCCAGGCCACCAGUCGUUUUCCUAGCACAUUGCUAGCAAUUUCUGUUGCCUUUGAAAUGCCUGCACCAGGACAGUUUCUUUUCAGGCCUUAGGUGAGAUAUGUGCUACUCAUGCCUUCAGUGUUUGUGCGUCAUGGGGAUUUCUUCAGGAUGAGGAUGCUGCCUGUAUCAUAUGUAGCUUCCCCCAAAUGCCACACUGCUUCCGAUCUCAUCAGCUGCAUGUGCAGUGUAUGCUGUCGUGGUGAUGCUGUCAUGUGAAGAUACUGCCUUCCUGGACGCAGCAGCUGCGGGAACAGAUGCUGUUUUCAUGUGUCAGUGAAAUGUACUGUCUGGGCCCAGGAGCCCAGCCUCAUCCCUGUGUGUGUUUUACAGUUGCUAUUCAUUGGACUCUCCUACACAAAGACCUCGAUUAAUGUUGGUUAGUACUUAAUGCUCAGGAUACCCAGGGUGUCUGUGGCCAAAAGCAGAAGAGCCCGAGCUCUCUUGCCUGUGCUUUGCAUGGUGCAUGAGAGGAGUUCAGAGCUGUGGCAGGCAGCUAAAAGGAUCUUGCACACGCACAGUGUGUGAAUGUAACCAGGCUGGUUGCACGCAUAGAGGGGAUGCCUGAGCAGCUGAGGGGUGCAGGGCCCCUCGCGUGCCUCCCUGAACACAGGAGUCUCUGUCUUUCAGGGGGAGGGUUGGAGAGCCUGCGCUGUCUCAUGUAAUUACUCCUAGAUCAGUUACUCAUGUAACUACUGUAACUACUUCUAGAUCUCAGCAGCACUGAACAGUGGUCUGAAAGGGCAGGCACUGGUGCAUGAGGCAAGAUGCUGUGUGGCUAAAAUAGCUUUGUACUGUAGGCAGCUGAAGGGCUGUGAAGGUGCUUGCUCCAGUGUUUACCUGGCCAUUGGCCUGGACUUUGGAUUGCUGCUCAUCUGUUGAGCAUGGUCUGAGCAAUGUGAAACGGGCCAGGGUGAAUUUGACCUCGGUGCUUCUACGCAGACUCCCUGUCAGUCCCACUGCUGUGCACUGCUGCCAGCUCUCCUAUGGAGGCAGUGGUCUGGGGCACAUCUCAUGGCAGGGCAGUGACAUGAGGGAUCUGGGCACCACUCCUUGCCCCAGAGGUGGUAGGCAGGAGGGGCCCCUGGCAGCCAUCCGACCCAGGUUAGCAGUGCCCAUGAUUUCUGGAAUCUGUCCUGGCUCGGCUGGCCUGUGCUGCUCAGCCUGUGGUGGUGGUUGUGCUGAGCGUUGAGGCUCUCCUGAGACAGGGGAUUGUGAGGCAGGUGCUGCUGCAGGCAGAAAUGCUAUAAAUGAGCCCAUGGAGGAGGCUUUUAUUUUUUAGGUUUACAGGGAAUGGAGGAGGUAAAGCCAGGAAAACAUUGUGGAAUGAGAUGGUUAUCUGGGCCUUUCUGCUGGCGGAGAUGUGAUAGGCUUCUCGGAGAAAUAUACUGUUUUCCUGCUGCUAUUGUGAAGGAGAGAGAGCUGAGGAAGAGGCCUCCUGGCCUUACCCAGCUCACAUUCCAUGGCAGGAGUCUGUAGGAUGCAAUAAUGGGUGUCUGUAUCCAUCUGUCCCAUCUCUCAAGUCACUCCUGGGGCCCACUGUCCAGCAGAGGCUGGGCCUUGUUCUAGGCUCUGCAUCACUGCAGCUCCAGGAACACGAGGCUUGAAACAAGCACUCAUCACAAGCAGACUAUGCAGAGGAAGCUCUGCCUGGAAAGAAGGAAAGCUGCAGGGGCCCCUCUGCCUCCCCUUUCCAGCAGGAGCACAAGUAUAAUGCACUUUUCACAUUAAGUAUCCCUGUCCCCCGGUUCCCACCUCACACUUGAAGUCACUUUGCCCAGUAGAGAACUAACACCCCUUGUUAAUCAGAAAAUACCGUAACAGAAAUGACAGCAGCUUGAGUAGCCCACAUACUAGUUCCUGCCCACACCAGCACACGUGCCUUUCCCCAGUGCCACUCACAACUGCUCGUUGUCUUUCAGGCUGUCAUAGGGCCUGAAACCUUGCAGAACCUGCCAAGAUGGCUCCGAAUGCUCACUCUGUACAGUUUUGGUCCAGGGUGUGUUUCAUGUAUGAAUUAAAAUGCUGAUGGUCAAGGCCCUUCCAUGAUCUUCACAUCUGUCCAUGGAGGACAGGACUUGCCCCUAACAUCCUUCUAGGCUCCCUCCUGUGGGCCCCUUGCAAGCACACAGUGGGUGCUCUGGUUGUUCCAAGGCACCAGGGAGGGUCUGCCCCAGCAAAGCAGAGCAGGGAUGUGGCCCUGGGGAAGGGGCUGGGCUGCCGAGGCAGGGAGGUCUUUGUAGAUAAGUGCUGAUCCCUCAACUAUAAUCCCAGUUAUGUUAUGGCUGUAUUAACAUGUAACCGACUGCAUUGUAUCUAAAGCCUUAGAACUAGUCAGGUGCUCCACUCCAACCUUGCUCCUGCCCCUCUCCUCUACCUGAUCUUUAACAAAGCAUUAAUUAUAAGGAUAAUCUCUAUUUUGUUGUGCUUUUUUUGUAACUGUUUUAAAUAAAUCAAUUUGUACUGUAUAUUUGUACUUUUGGUGAGAUCCUUUUUCCUGUUUUACCAUUUUAAGUCUGUACUUGGCUACACACAGAUUGUAUUUUUAUUGUUAAUGCUCUUAUGAAUAUUGCAUUUAACUUGUUGACUCUGUAAACACAGUAUAUAUCUAUAUAUAUAUAUCUAUAUAUAAACCAAUAGCUUUUC